AUGUUGAAUAUAAUAUUCUUCCUUACUUUACUUUUCUCUGUUGUAAAAGCUGAUUUAUUUUCAUUUGAUGAAUUUGAUUUAAUUGAAGAGCUUUCUUUUGGAAGUCAUUUAUAUGACUCUUUUGAAGAAGAACAAGAUGAUGAAGCAUUAGAUGCUUUUAUGACAUUAUUUGAGACAAAUGAUUUUCUGUUAUCUGAUACUCUAAAGGGAAAGCGAUGGCGAAAUGCUCGAGUAAAAGUGGCAAAUAAGAUUGAUAAAACAAAAAUGCGUGUAUUAAAAAAAGCUCAGAAUGCUGCUGCCAAUGUUAGGGGUGCACUAACUGAUGUCCUUGAAGAGUCAACAUUGUGGAUGGCUAAAAAUGGAGAUGCUGUGGCUGAAGUUUUGGAGAAAGUUGAAAAUGUUGCAGGUGUAGCUAGUAAAACAGCUAAUGUGGUUGGAUUUGUUGCUACAGCUGUUACCCCAGUUUUCCCUCCUGCGGCAGGUGUUGCUGGUGCUGCAUUAGCAGUUUCUCAAGUAGCUAAAGGAAUUGAGUAUGGAGCUAAAGGAUUAGGAGUCUUAACAAAGACUGCAACUCAAUUUUCAAAAGGAUAUCAAGUUACAGAAGGAACUACUAAAGAGAGACUAAAAGCUGGAGCAAAAGAAGGAGCUAGACAACUUCUAAAAGAUGGAAUAAGUAUAGGCACAGAACAUCUAACAGAUGCGCUUUCUGACGCAGUAACAGGAAGUCUUUCAGAAACUAUCUCUGGUGCUGUGGGUGCUAAGUUAGAUGAGUCAUCUUCUUUGAGUAAACUUUCACAAGCAACUAAAGAUACAGUUUCAGAGAAAGUUGGAGAACUAGCCACAUCUCCAAUUACAUCAGGUAUUGAAAAAGGUACAGGAAAAUUGGAAGGUGCUGCACAUGCACUUGUUGAUAAGGUGUUUGGAGAAAAUAAGAAUGUUACUGACUAUGAAGUACAUACUGUUAGAGAAAUGAUGAGUAGUGGAAAAACUGGAAGAGCUUUAUUGAAAGGAUAUGAUAAAUUUAAAAACAGUGGGGCUGGUAAGGCAUUAAGUAAAUUAAAGAAAGGUGUUUCUAAAGUAGAAUCAAAAAUUGACUUAGCUAAAGAUAAAGUUAAAGAUGUUAGUGGAUAUAAUAAAUUAAAGAAAAAAGUUAAUGCUGCUGUAGAUAAACAUGUAAGUCCAAGACUUGAUAAAGCAGCAACUAAAUUAAUUGAAAAAUUAAAGAAAUCAAAAACAACUGCAAAUGGCUCUAAUGCAGGAAGUGCAACAAAUAAUCUAAACAAUACUAGAUCUAGUAGUGGAGGAUCAACAAAUAUUGCUGGUGGUUUUAGUACUAAUUCUCAGAGAAGAAAUUCUGUUAGAAGACCAACUCUUACUAGAACUAGAUCAACAUCAAAUGGUUUUGCUACUAAGAAUUCCAGAUCUUCAAUGAGAAGUUCUUUAAGUUCUAGACAAAGAUCUUUAUCACUUAGAACCUCUCGUAACACACCAUAA